UGUGGGAGAAGAUUUAGCUUCAAAGUGUGGUGACAGUGUAUUUUCAAGACACCAUAUCGUCCACAGUCACGAUCUUUUAGACGGCGUACUUGUACAUGUGGAUUGAAGAUUCAAACUUCCAGUUCAUCUGUCUAUCCAGGCCGACUCUCUGUCGGCGUUUGAGAGGGCUUCAUCUUCAGCCAAGAUGUAUAAAUCUAGCUCUUUCGCGCUUUCAGAUGUCUUGGAAAACUAUACAGAUCGGCAUCGUCUUGAUCGUAGGGGUUUAAAGGGUACGUUAAAAGUAAUGGACGAGGAGUUGCCCAGAUGUGAAAACAGCAUAAGUAACAGACAGGCCCUGAUGAAAGAGCUGGGCCUGGGGAAACUGAUGAAACGAAAUAAGGAGCAGAGUCAGCCAUUAAGAAGCAUGCUGGAGGUUAUGAGCAAGAGUUACUUGGACCGCUCUGAUACUGGGGCCUGUAGUGACAGCAGCUCCCCUGACCUCACAAGACGAGCACGCGGCCCUCGUGAGGAGAGGAGGUCCACAGGAAGAGUGCCAACACUGGGGGAGCCAGCCACUGACCAGUAUGUGGCCGCCAAAGAGAGGCCUUCCACAGCAAGGAUCAACCAGAAAAUCUCAUCAAGAAGCUUGUCAAGUGACCUUGUCAUUGACGACAUCACAGAGAGUGAAACCAUCCUCGGGGAAGGGAAAGGGGCCCUUAUUGAUGGGACCCCAAAUAAAUACACAAACGGUGGGUCCCAGGUCAGGACCCCUGCCCAAGGCAGACCCAGGACAGGAACGGCAGGAAAAUCACGCGCCCUGGGCAUGGCAGGACCCAUUUCCAGUAAUAUCGAUCUGGAUUCUCGUCGUAAAUUUCACAAACCAAGGGCAUACUCAGCUGCCACAAAAUACUCAGAUUGGCGGGAUGAUUUGGUGGACUCGAACAGCAUCACCUCAAACAGUAGCCUCAGUGCCACAAAUGACACCACCAUGACCACUCCGUCUAUUACCUCCAUCUUAAACAGUUCAAGUAGCAGGCACUCAAAUGUGGGAAUUAACUUAACGUCUGAGUUGUCUCCUUUGAACGGUGAAUCCACGCAUGCAGGUGGACUAGAGUUGGAAAAAUCGAAGAAACAAAGAGUAAGAGAGCUUCUGACAUCUGAUAUAGGAAAUGUGAAAUCUGCACCACGCAUUAAGAAGCGUGACAAAGACAAAGUGCUAAAUCGAGGAUCAGGGGCAAUAACCCCUCCCGAAAUUGAGGCUGCCACAUACAAUGUUAAUUUAUCAAGUAUAGCCACAGAGAGGCCGAAAUCAGGGCUUUCAAAGGACAGAUCGAUUCAGAAAAAUAGAAAGUCCUCAGCUACAUCAAGAAUGGGUGACCUUGAAAUUGGGGAAGUGGAUGACCUUGAAAUGGAACUGGCCAACCUUGACCUCACACCUCAAAUCAAGUCUAAACCAUUGCCUUUGUCCAAGUCAUUUGAGGGAUAUCCCAUCGAUCUUCAGACUGCUGUUAACCUGAAGAUGCUGAUAUUUGGAUCUUCAUCAGGAUGCUUUAAUGAUGAGUGGAAAUACCAGAGCUUCACAUUUUCGGAUCAACCUCAUCUGAUGUAUGGAUUUGUCCAGAAAAAGGGGGGCCCUUGCGGUGUGUUGGCAGCUGUACAAGCGGUCCUGCUACAGGAGAUGUUGUUUGUCACGGACAGGGUACCAACCCAUAGAUGGCAUGAACCAACACGUGAGGAAAGAAGCCACUGCCUCUGUAAGGCUCUCAGUAAGAUCUUCUGGCGGGCUGGAGAUCACAGGAGGGCUGUUGUAGCUAUGCCAGGCAGACAGUCACAUUUCGAUGGUGGAAGCAGAUUCAAGGAAGAUGGUCUUACUGAGAAGCUGAUGCUGUACACAUUCACAGAAUUUGAGAAGCUGCAGACUUUCAUGAAGGAUGCUGUCAGACAGUUUGAGUUGGAUGGCCAGAGUGGCGUCAUUCUAACCCUCUACUCUGCUAUUUUAUCCCGAGGCGUUGACAGGAUAGUUAAGGAUAUGGAUGAAGCCACCAACAAAUUGAUGGGAGCUCACGGAUACUGUACUCAGGACAUGGUGAACCUGUUGCUCACAGGCCAUGCUGUGUCUAAUGUGUUCAAUGAUGUGAUGGAGUUGGAUUCUGGAGGGGUGGGGCCUCCUAUGAUCCUUAAGGGGCUGCCAGGCCGCAAUGAUAUAGGGCUGCUGUCCCUGUUUGAACACUACAAGUCAUGUCAGGUGGGUACAUACUACAAGACGCCGCGCUUUCCCAUCUGGGUGGUGUGCAGUGAGAGUCACUUCAGCGUCUUGUUCUCCAUCCGUAAGGACUUGGUCAACGAUUGGAAGGCCGAGAGGAGGUUUGACUUGUAUUACUACGACGGGCUGGCGAAACAAGAGGAGCAGAUAAGACUGACAAUAGACACAACGAAUCGUUAUUACCAGCCCCCAUCAGACGAUGACCUUGUACUCCGCUAGAACACUGCAUCAGAACAAAGUGGAAGGAUGCCGAGAUUGACUGGAAUGGGACUGAACCUAUACUGUAAAAGUCUGUGGUGCAUUGGAGGAGAGUUUGUCGUCAUAGUAAAUAGGACUUGAUAAGGAUACAAGACAGUCUAACGCAAGUUCAUCGUUCAUGUAGGCCUAUAGGGUUCUCUGUUGUUAUAGGAUUUAGUCUCAAAGUCUGUAGUUACCAUCAGCUGUGACAAAUGACAAUAUUGUAUCUUGGUUUGGGAGACCUGAUUGGGUCUUUGAGACAAUUGAUCCAGAAGUACAGUCAGCUUAAGCAGAAAGGAUACUGGGCUCUGCUGCCACUGAGCAGGGUUUUUGUUCCACCCAUCCUGGCUUUAAGAGUUCACUUUUGUUAUAGGACUUUGUUGGCCCUUGGAAAUAUUUGAACCAGAGGAGGACUGACCAGUCACAAUAUCCUGGUUUGUUUAUGGGUUCUUGAUCCGGAGAUACAGUCCAAUUCUGACACUAGAUCCUAUGGAAACAGUAUAGUAUAGUACGGGGCCCAGUUGUACGAAAAGUGUUUUAACAGGGAAAUAGAAUCCAUGUUGAUUGGCUGACAGUGCAGAUAGGGUUUCCUGUGUUAAAUCUUGCAGCCUUGGUCACGCUUGACUAAACGUGCCAUACCUAAAAUUCAGCUUACGCAUGCUAGGAAUGGGCGUGAGCUUGCCUAUCUCUCACGCCAGCCAAUCAGAAUCGAUUCUGUAUCCCUUUAACCAGUGCCACUAGUUUUGUGUUAGGACAAGACUAGUAUUAAGAUUUAAGCCUGGCUUAAGUUUUUAAUACGUUUUUGGUCAGCCGGCUCCUGAAGUAUUAUGUUUAUCAGAUGGAUGUAUAUGUUAUGGUGCAGAGUACAUAGCCCAUGGUCUCGACAUGUGACAAUCUGUUCUUUAAAAUCACAUUGUAUGUAAACUGUACCGCUAACAGAUGUACUAUAGCUAGAAUUACAUGUACCACACCAAAACAGUGACUUAGGUUCUUCCACCAAUCAACAGCUCAUGCUGGCUUCCUUUACAUCUGUACGUGGGAAGGUCUUCCAGCAAACUGUAGAUGGUCUUGGUUUUCCCCCGGGCUCUGCCCCUUUUUUCUUACCGUAAUGCUGACGAUCGUCAUAUAAGUUAAAUAUUCUUGAGAACGGCGGUAAAACACCAGUCUAAUAAAUAAAUGCACCCAAUCAAAGAAUCAAAGUGAAUUCAGUACUAACAGCUUUACACAAAUACAUCUUAAAUUCUUCUAUGACAUCUUGAUCAGAAAUUCCCGUGGUAACAGUCAAAAACUCUUCAGCGAGAUGUUUUUAGUUGAAUGGCAUUGAUGUCACUGUACUCGCUAGUGUAUUGCUUGGGUUUAAUAGCGCUUUGGUGUAAGUCCAUGCUGUUGGAGAUAUCAGUCGACGUAAAAUAUCUUAAUCGAUCUCCACUGUAACUGAAAAUAGCGUGCCUCGCAGUAACUACCAGUCAGAUACUUCAUUUGCCAGAUGGAAAAUUUGACGCCACAAUUUUUCCACCAAACCUUAGCCAAUCAAACGAAGAGUUUGAAACACGGACAUGGUUAGUGUUAAAGUGUGGAUUUAUCAGCUGACCCCCUUCAAGUUCAAGUCAAGCUCCUGCUAGCUUCCUCUCCGAACGUAAGUGAAAAGGUUUGCCAGCAAUCUGAGGUGGGUCGUGGGUUUUGCCAUAGGCUCUGGCCGGUUUCCUCCCAUCGUAAUGCUGGUGGCCGUCGUAUAAGGUGAAAUAUUCUUGAUUGCGGCGUAAAACACUAAUCAAAAUAAGAAAUAACUAGUAUGUACACGUAUUUCAUGUCCACUCGUAAAUGUUUUACAUUGUAUUAUAUGAAUGUCCUUAUCGACAAUGGUUAUAUCCUUUAUUUAUAAAUAACAGUAGCAAUACUUUAAUGGCUGUUGUACAGAUUGAAUCCCACCAUUAACGCUCUGAACUUUGUCCAUUGUAGAAAUGAGUGUAGAGAUUUCUGUUAGCCUUUCAAUUUUAACCAAGAUGACAUCUACUUUUACAAUGUAUUAUACUAUAUACAACAGUAGGCCUUAUUCUGCAUCUGUUGUUGCUGUUAUUGUGAGGUAAGAACAAGUUGGGUGUCAUGCCGCAUUUAAACGUUUACAUGGGAUUUUACUCUAUGUUUGAAAAUGUCCAGAUUUUAAAGUUUUGUCUUCUCCGUUUUUUU